CUCUGAUGAUGUCAAUGGCUGGGCGGUCAUUGUCAUGCCGUGCUUAAAAGCUGAAGAGAAACCUCCGUGGAGUCAUCGCAGUUAAGACGAUGAAGAAUUUGGUUCUGCCUGCCACUCUGCUGGCUUUGGUGUGCGUGUGUGAGGGCGUGACCUUCGGGCAGAUAUGCCAGGGGAACCCCAAUAACGCCAGGAGAGGGUCAGACCGGUGGGGUGAAGGCUACUACGGAGCAUCACGGGGGGGCAGGAGCCACCAAGGUCUAGACAUCAAUUGUGAAGACGGCUCGGUGGUCUACGCUCCAUUUGAUGUCACUCUCAACGGGAAAGUCAUUGUCUAUACUGACCCCACGAAGGAGGCCAUCAACAACGGCAUCAACAUGCAGGGCGAAGGUCUUUGCUUCAAAUUCUUCUACGUGAGGCCGGAUAAGGUUAGCGGAACGGUGAAUAAGGGCCAGCGUCUGGGCGUCAUGAUGAACAUGCAGAGCGUCUACCCGGGAAUCACCUCGCACGUGCACGUGCAAAUGUGCGACAAGAGUGAUCCCACAGGUUACUUCUGAGAAUCUGAGCAAUUUAUCUCAUACUCCGCCAUUGACAGCGAUAGACGUCCAAUCCAUUUUGGAGUGACAGCGAGGACCAAAAGUGGUAUUUGCCAUUUGGCAAAAUCGAUUUUGCCAUGUGGCCUUUUUUUUGCCAUGUGGCAAAAAUUUUUUGCCAUGUGGCCUUUUUUUUUGCCAUGUGGCAAAAUUUUUUUGCCAUGUGGCAUUUUUUUUGCCAUGUGACAAAAAAAAUUUGCCAUGUGGAAUUUUUUUUUGCCAUGUGGCAAUUUUUUUUGCCAUGUGGCAUUUUGUUUUUUUGCCAUGUGGCAUUGUUUUGCCAGGUAGCAAACUUUUUUUGCCAAGUGGCAAAAAAAAAUUGCCAUGUGGCAUUUUUUUUUUGCCAAGUGGCAAAAAAAAAAUUGCCAUGUGGCAUUUUUUUUUGCCAUGUAGCAAACAUUUUUUGCCAUGUGGCAAUUUUUUGUGCCAUGUGGCAAAAUUUUUUUGCCAUGUGGAAUUUUUUUUGCCAUGUGGCAAAAUUUUUUGCCAUGUGGCAUUUUUUUGCCAAGUGGCAAAAAAAAAUUGCCAUGUGGCAUUUUUUUUGCCAUGUAGCAAACAUUUUUUGCCAUGUGGCAAUUUUUUGUGCCAUGUGGCAAAAUUUUUUUGCCAUGUGGCAUUUUUUUUUGCCAUGUAGCAAACAUUUUUUGCCAUGUGGCAAUUUUUUGUGCCAUGUGGCAAAAUUUUUUUGCCAUGUGGAAUUUUUUUUGCCAUGUGGCAAAAAUUUUUGCCAUGUGGCAUUUUUUUGCCAAGUGGCAAAAAAAAAUUGCCAUGUGGCAUUUUUUUUGCCAUGUAGCAAACAUUUUUUGCCAUGUGGCAAUUUUUUGUGCCAUGUGGCAAAAUUUUUUUGCCAUGUGGAAUUUUUUUUGCCAUGUGGCAAAAUUUUUUGCCAUGUGGCAUUUUUUUGCCAUGUGGUAUUUUUUUGCCAUGUAGCAAAAUUUUUUUGCAAUGUGGCAAAAAAUGUUUGCCAUGUAGCAAAAAAAUUUUGCCAUGUGGAAUUUUUUUGUUGCCAUGUGGCAUAAAUUUUUUGCCACAUGGCAAAUAAAUACCACAUGGUAAAAACCACUUUUGGUUUUUGGCCCUGCUGCCAUUUUGAUUUGGAGGGCAGAAAUUGUUCAUUCAUCUUUAACCCUUAGCAGCUAAUAAGUUAAUGAAAUCAUAUAGCAAAUUAAGUGAAUUUAAUGACAAAAAGGCACAUAAUAUGAGCAUUUUUGGAUUAGCGCUAUACAUUUUAACAGCAAACAAGUUCAAAAUUUACUUGGUUAUUUUUUUAGAACAGCCUAUCGUUGUACAGUGUACACUUUUUGAAUGGGACCAAUAAAGAUGUCAUGGCAUUAAUGUCUG